AUGAUUAGAGGCAUUUAUGGCCUAUUGGGAUCUAGUGGGUGUGGGAAAACAACCUUGCUCAAGUGUGCUUUGGGCAGAUUGGAGCCAAGCAAAGGGUCCAUUCAUUUGUUUGGUAGAAAACCGGGUUCACCCGAAAGCAAAGUUCCCGGUCCUGGAGUCGGGUAUAUGCCUCAGGAGUUGGCCCUCUAUGAAGAGUUCACUAUCGAAGAGAUACUGACAUAUUUUGGCCAAUUAUUUGGUAUUAAAUCAAAAGUGAUUGACUCGAGGAUUGAGUUUUUGGUCGAUUUGCUUCAAUUGCCGGACAGAAGACGACUAAUCACUAAAUUAAGCGGUGGACAGAAGAGGAGAGUUUCAAUCGCAACGGCUCUUCUACACAAUCCUCCACUUCUAAUACUAGACGAGCCAACGGUUGGCGUGGAUCUAAUCCUUCGCGAAGCCAUUUGGAAACACUUAGAGUUUUUAUGCAAAAACGGAUUGACAGUAAUAGUGACCACACAUUACAUAGAAGAGGCCAGAAGUGCGUUAAGG